UCAGAGAGGGUUACCAUGUCAGAGGGUUAUCAUGUCAGAGAGGGUUACCAUGUCAGAGGGUUACCAUGUCAGAGGGUUACCAUGUCAGAGGGUUACCAUGUCAGAGGGUUACCAUGUCAGAGAGGGUUACCAUGUCAGAGGGUUAUCAUGUCAGAGAGGGUUACCAUGUCAGAGGGUUACCAUGUCAGAGGGUUACCAUGUCAGAGGGUUACCAUGUAUGAGAGGGUUACCAUGUCAGAGGGUUACCAUGUAUGAGAGGGUUACCAUGUCUGAGAGGGUUACCAUGUCAGAGAGGGUUACCAUGUCUGUUACCAUGUCAGAGGGUUACCAUGUCAGAGAGGGUUUCCAUGUCAGAGGGUUACCAUGUCAGAGGGUUACCAUGUCAGAGGGUUACCAUGGCUGUUACCAUGUCAGAGGGUUACCAUGUCAGAGGGUUACCAUGUCAGAGAGGGUUACCAUGUCAGAGGGUUACCAUGUCAGAGGGUUACCAUGGCUGUUACCAUGUCAGAGGGUUACCAUGUCAGAGGGUUACCAUGUCAGAGGGUUACCAUGUCAGAGGGUUACCAUGUAUGAGAGGGUUACCAUGUCAGAGAGGGUUACCAUGUCAGAGGGUUACCAUGUCAGAGGGUUACCAUGUCUGUUACCAUGUCAGAGGGUUACCAUGUCAGAGGGUUACCAUGUCUGUUACCAUGUCAGAGGGUUACCAUGUCAGAGGGUUACCAUGUCAGAGGGUUACCAUGUCAGAGGGUUACCAUGUAUGAGAGGGUUACCAUGUCAGAGGGUUACCAUGUCAGAGGGUUACCAUGUCAGAGAGGGUUACCAUGUCAGAGGGUUACCAUGUCAGAGAGGGUUACCAUGUCUGUUACCAUGUCAGAGGGUUACCAUGUCAGAGGGUUACCAUGUCAGAGGGUUACCAUGUCAGAGGGUUACCAUGUCAGAGAGGGUUACCAUGUCAGAGAGGGUUACCAUGUCAGAGGGUUACCAUGUCAGAGGGUUACCAUGUCAGAGGGUUACCAUGUCUGAGAGGGUUACCAUGUCUGAGAGGGUUACCAUGUCUGAGAGGGUUACCAUGUCAGAGGGUUACCAUGUCAGAGGGUUACCAUGUCAGAGGGUUACCAUGUCUGAGGGUUACCAUGAAUGAGAGGGUUACCAUAUCAGAGGGUUACCAUGUCAGAGGGUUACCAGGUAUUUACAGCACUGUCAGCUUAUUAUUGUGGCAUCGAUGAACCAUAAAUGCGGUGGCAUGGGGAAUUCCGCAUUUAGGCUUCUAUAGAAAAUGGCUGAUGAGCACAUUAAAUAUAACAUUUUCAUUAACAUAUAAUUUCAUUAUAAAAAAUUCAGUGUUUAACCAACUGCUUGGCUUUCAUCAAUGUAAAUUUGUAUUUAAGCAAAUUAUUGAGUUAUAUAGAAGCACUAAAAAACGUGGUAUGUAAAUGUUAAUGCAGUUGUCUGCCCCCUUAAAGUCAGAAGGUUGAAAGAAAUGACUCCAACCAUUAUUUUUCAGACUUUAGUGAGAAGCCUUAAAAAUUGUCAAUUGACUGGCCUAUGAAUAAGAGCACAUCAAAAUACCGAUUAGCUGAGAAACAGCCUACCGAGCACGACUGCUGAAAAGUGGAUCAUUAUUAAGUAAUGUUGCAUUAAAUUAUCUGCCAUUAAAGUCAGUAAAAAAAAUCGUGGAAGUGUUGAUUUAUCUUGAAGUUGCAAUUCAGAUCGACUCCUUGCAACGUGUUUAUUUAAUGAAUAUUGUUGGAUAAAUGCAAUAAAUAACUCAAUGCAAGUUUGUAAAGCUUUUAGUGACAGAACAUACUCCGUUAAGUGUAUAUAUAAACAUACAUUUUAUCGUUGGAUAAGUGCAUUACUGAUUUGAAUGUGUUGACAUCUGUUUACGUGUUAUAUUUAGAAAAAAAUGAAUUAAUAAAUGCCAUCCUGUUCAUGUCA